AUGCUUUUCCGAAAUCGUUUUUUGUUGCUGCUGGCCUUGGCUGCUUUACUAGCCUUUUUGAGCAUCAGUCUGCAAUUCUUUCACUUAACACCAGUAACACCAGUCAAUAAUGGCAUGAGUGGUAAAAAUCGCAAGAGAAUAAUGCCUGAUCCAUUGACUGAACCUCCUGUGGUAGAUCCUAUUCAUGAAGCUCGUAUUUACUGCAAUAUUCCAAGCAUUACUGAACGUAGUGCAGAAGGUCAUGCACCUUACUAUUUCAAGCUAGUAUCUGUUCAUGUGUUAAUUCGUCAUGGAGAUAGAUACCCACUUUAUGCCAUUCCUAAAACAAAGAGACCAGAAAUUGACUGUACCUUGGUUUCUAAUAGGAAACCAAACCAUCCUAAACUUGAAGCUUUCAUCAAUCACAUGUCAAAAGCAUCUGAAGGCUUGAUGGAAGGCACUCUCAGUACCUUGCCUCUUUAUCCCAGUCAUUCAUUGUGUGAAAUGGGAGAACUCACACAGACAGGUGUUGUUCAGCAUUUGAAAAAUGGACAGCUGUUACGAGACAUUUAUUUAAAGAAACACAAACUCCUUCCAAAAGAUUGGACCACAAAGCAUCUUUAUUUAGAGACAACUGGAAAAAGUCGAACUCUCCAAAGUGGUUUGGCCUUGCUCUAUAGUCUUCUCCCAGAUUUUGAUUGGAAGAAAAUUAACUUUAGGCACCAGUGGAGCACCAUCUUCUGUUCUGGAAAUUGUGAUUGCCCAAUGAGAAAUCAAUAUCUAGAAAAAGAACAACGCCGCCAAUACCUCUUGCGUGUUAAAAAUAACCAGUUAGAAAACACUUAUGUGGAAAUGGCAAAAAUAGUGGGCAUUCCCACGAGGCAACUAAGAGCUGCUAACCCCAUAGAUUCUAUGUUAUGCCACUUUUGCCACAAUGUCAGUUUUCCUUGUACCAAAAAUGGCUGCAUUGACAUAGAGCAUUUUAAAGUUAUUAAAACACAUCAGAUAGAGGAUGAGAGAGAGAGACGUGAGAGGAAACUUUAUUUCAAGUAUGCACUACUUGCCUCUCAUCCUGUACUUAACCAGACAGUCAGCCGGAUGCUGCGUAUUGCAGAAGGCAAGAAGGAAGAGAUUUUUGUUCUUUAUUCUGCUCAUGAUGUCACUUUGUCACCAGUUCUCAGUGCCUUGGGUAUUACUGAAGCCAGGUUUCCAAGAUUUGCUGCCAGAUUGGUCUUUGAACUGUGGCAAGAUGGAGAAAGACCUGCUGAUCAUUUUAUCCGCAUUCUUUAUAAUGGAGUUGAUGUCACAUUCCAUACCUCUUUUUGCCAGGAACACCACAAACAUUCCAACAAGCCUAUGUGUCCUCUUGAAGAUUUUGUUCACUUUGUCAAAAGGGAUAUGUUUUCGGUCUUAAAUAGUAGUAGUUAUUAUGAUGCAUGUCACAGAAAAACAUUUUAA